AUGUCGAACGGCAUGGGAUUUCAGGAGCAGCAUUCGAACCACAACGCGAACAACGCAGCAACGAUGAUGCGCGGGAAUGUCUCCAUGACCCAAAAACAAAUCGAGACUCUGAGGAUACAAAUUGCUGCUUACGAAACCCUCUCUGAACAACUCGCUGAGAAGUACAGGGCACACCGUGCCGCUCGCCAAGCUCCUCCUCAGGUUGUAACAAAUAUACUGAAACAAAUGGGUGUGGUGUUUUCAGUGACGUCAGAGGUGGUUAAGCCGGUAAAUAUGUAUGGAGGAGACACAUCAAAGGGAAUAUUUAACAUGAAGCCGAGGUGGACUCCAACAACUGAGCAGCUUCAGAUCAUGGAGAAAAUAUUUAAGCAGGUGACACCGAAUCCAGACAGGAAAAGGAUAAACGAGAUUACUGCGGAACUCGCCAAUCAUGGAAAUAUUUCGGAGAAAAAUGUCUGUAAUUGGUUCCAGAAUAAGCGUGCUCGGUCCAAGAAAAAACAGCCCAUUGCGGUUAUUGCAAAUAAUGUUAACACUAAUGGCCAGUUGACAUCAGGAGAUAACCGCUAUCAAAUGAAAUAA